CAACGACUCCAGGUCAUUUUUACGAGAACCUAUCUGCACACUGCACUUUGCGCUCUUUUGGCUCUUCCUGGCCUCAAGCACUCCUCCUCUGAUCUAAUUGUGCAAAGAUCACAAUCAUGCCUCCCAUGGCACCCUCUCGAGAAGCUCUCACGCUCCUCCGCCAUGCCAUCCGCCCCGCACUCCGCACGCGUCGAACCGCACCUCUCCUCCGUCACCAGCAGCAGCUCCAGCUCCACCGGGGCAUAGCAACCUUCACGCACUCGCACCAUGCCAAAGCGGUGUCCACGAUCCCCACCUCCGUGGACCCAAGCUCCGCCGAAUUCCAGGAGAACAAGGCGCAAAUGGACGACGCCAUGACCCGACUCACAGACCUACACACCAAGAUCUCGCAGGGCGGGCCCCAGAAGGCGAGGGACAAGCACGUACAGCGCGGCAAGAUGCUGGUGCGCGACCGCAUCACCGCGCUCGUGGACCCGGGAACUACCUUCCUCGAGCUCUCGCAGCUCGCCGGGUACAAUGUGUACGAGGGGGAAGACGUGCCCGCGGGCGGCAUCGUGACGGGCAUUGGCUCCGUGUCUGGCGUCACUUGCGUCAUUGUUGCCAACGACAGCACCGUGAAGGGCGGGACCUACUACCCGAUCACUGUGAAGAAGCACUUGCGUGCGCAGGCGAUUGCGCUCGAGAACCGUCUGCCAUGCUUGUACUUGGUUGACUCCGGGGGUGCCAACUUGCCGCACCAGGCUGAUGUGUUUCCGGAUAAGGAGCAUUUCGGACGUAUCUUCUACAACCAGGCGCGCAUGAGCGCUGCUGGGAUCCCGCAGAUCAGCGUGGUGAUGGGACCUUGCACUGCUGGCGGCGCGUACGUGCCGAGCAUGUGCGAUGAGAGCAUCAUUGUCGAGAACCAGGGCACUGUUUUCCUUGCUGGCCCUCCGCUCGUGAAGGCGGCUACCGGAGAGGUUGUCUCUGCGGAGGAUCUGGGUGGUGGUAGAUUGCACACUGAGAUUUCUGGCGUCACUGACUACUUGGCUGUGGAUGAUGCUCACGCUUUGGUGCUCGCCAGACGCAGCGUAGCGAACUUGAACUGGCACCGCAAUGCACCCGCCCCGGCGGAGGUAGCCUACGAAGAGCCUCUCUAUGACCCUGCCGAGUUGGACGGCAUCGUGGGUACAUCCCUCCGACGCCAGAUCCCCGCCCACGAGAUCAUCGCGCGCAUCGUCGACGGCUCCUCGUUCGCGGAAUUCAAGCCCUCGUACGGCACGACGCUGGUGACCGGGUUCGCGAAGAUCUACGGCCAGCCCGUCGGCAUCGUCGCGAACAACGGCAUCCUGUUCUCCGAGUCGUCGCUCAAGGGCGCCCACUUCGUCCAGCUCUGCGGCAAGCGCCAGAUCCCGCUCGUCUUCCUGCAGAACAUCAGCGGGUUCAUGGUCGGCGCCGACGCCGAGAAGGGCGGCAUCGCGAAGAACGGCGCGAAGCUCGUCACCGCCGUCAGCUGCGUCGACGUGCCCAAGUUCACCGUCGUUGUUGGAAGCUCGGCUGGUGCUGGUAACUACGGCAUGUGCGGCCGCGCCUACUCCCCCCGCCUCCUCUUCACCUGGCCCAACGCGAAGACGUCCGUCAUGGGCGCCGAGCAACUCUCCUCCGUCAUGGAAGCCGUGGGCCGACAGGCGGACCCGGAGCUCAAGGCGCGGAUCGAGCGCGAGAGCGAGGCGACGUUCGGGUCCGCCAGGCUGUGGGACGACGGCAUCAUUCCCCCUUCCCACACGAGGAGGGUGCUGGGACUCGGACUCCGUGCCGCGAUGGGCGGACAGAGGGAGGAGAAGGAGACGCAGUAUGGUGUGUUUAGGAUGUAGAAGAGUCUCAGGGGACGUAGAAGGUAUUGAGAAGAAGGGUGUGCAUGUUAGGUAAUGAUAUAUCAUCUAUAAAGAAAAGUUAAUUCCUCG